ACAUCUCGGGUUAUAAAGAUCCAAGAUUGGUCCAUGAUGAGCGGCCAUCGGCCCAUCCCUUUCUGGCCCACUCUACUAACUAAAUAUCCUUCUCUCACGUUUCCGUCUCUGUCUCUCUCUCUCUCUGUGAAGCCCCACUACGGAGUAUGAAUAGCCCACACCAAGGGUCCUUCAAGGCGACCAGGAUUGGGAGUGCAAAUCGCUACAAGGGUGUGGUGCCCAAUCACUGCGUUAAGAUGCCAUGAGGGCUUUCUCAUAGGAUAAUAUGGAUAUGCACCCCGAAGGAGGGAACGCGGCGCAGUAGCACGCUUGGAGUUGAUGUGCUCCGCAGCGACGGAUACUAGACUAGGUACCAGUUGCUGCUGGCUGCAGUGUUUUCUCUAGCCUGUCGCUGACCAAACGGAUGAGUCAAACUUGGCGGGAGGGUUUUAUCGCAUCGCAUCGCAUUGCAUGGCAUGGUAUGGCAUGGGCGGACUCCACGCCCGAGAUGCGAUGCCUGGCAAGGCAAUGCCUGCAACCUCCCAGGCCAGACCAGACCAGGAUUAGGAGAAACGCCACAGUCAGAGUCCUCCAUCCUCUCUCUCCUCUACCAAGCAUAGCAUGUACCUCUGCCCAUCCGUCCAUGUAUUCAUGUACCAGAUGUCGUCGUCCACUCAUGAUGAUGGCUCCAGAAAGGUCGUCCAUUGCCUAAAUACUACUGUACCUCUCUCUUCCUACCUUAGUUAUAUGCUCCCGUUUCCGUCUCGGCCCUCCCCGCUGCUACCAUCUCUCUCCUCUUGACUUACUUACUUCCUUUUCUUGCCUUAUCAUAUCUAUACCCGUUCGCUCUCUAGUUUUGCCACUGUCUUGUGUCUCCUUGUCUUCUAUCUGCCAUUGCAUUGUCUAUUCAUCUCUUAAACUUAUUCAACUCAUCUAAUUAUCCUUUCCCUCUUCCUUGUCCUGUCUCACUUCCUCCACUUACACUCCAACCUUGGAACGACACUACUGUACUAAAGCCCGCACCUCAAACACUCAUCACAUCAACCGAAGCGCCAGCUCUACCGUCCGUCAACCAAACUUUUAGACGCGGGUUCAUCCCAUAGCCCACACCAUCACCCAACGAACUAGGCCUCUUCGAGCUGAUAUAUUUACCCACACCAGUUCUUAGAGUAACGAUUCCCCUCCACACUAAUAACGACGACUCUACCUCGCUCUCCCGAUUCACGGUCUCGGUUACUUUUCUUCUCUCUUUUUUUUUUUGGACUUUCAUAUAUAUUGUACACCUGUUCAGAAUAUUCCCAGCGAAAUAUGGGAUUAAGUACACGAAAUCGAUCCUGAAGAAGGUUGGAAGAUGGAAUCUUACAGAUUGGGGUCUGGUAUCCCGACCAGGCCCUCGGAGCCGUCUCGCAUAAGACGACCUGGUCCGGGAAUGACAAUGGGAACUGAGCCUGGAGUUACCUCGAAUGCCCCAAAGCCACUCAAUAGAUUAGGAAGGAGGGAAGAGAUUCCACGACCAUUACCGAAGCCCUCAUCCAUCUCACGUCCAUCAGCAAGGCCUCCUCAACCUUCUACCACUCGACGACCAUCAAUUCCUCAACCUGUACCACGACCUAGCCCUAAUCAUCAAGCCCAAUCAUGGGGUUCUUCUUCUACUUCAGCAUCCACACGAUCAGCUGCCAACCAUCGUGGAGGUUCUGGAUCAUCAUCAUCAGCCCAGUCCAUGGACAACCCAAGGUCUAACCCAAACGUUCUGCGUAGGAAGAAGUCAUCAUUAUCCGGUGAUGUCAAGACAACACGGACUGGCUCAUCUCGGACAGACUCUUCUUCUUCGUCCCAGCAUAAGCGCCAAGGCUCACUCGACCCUGCUUUCGGCUUCCAUCUGGAUAGAGAACUUACCAGCAGCCCUGCCGAGAUCCAAGUUGCUGAGGUUGUAGAGGUAAAGAAGCCUUCCAAAUCACCAGUGAUCUACCCCGAACUGGACCGUUAUCGCAACAUUCGACGUCCGUCUGACAGCUCGGAUAACCGCAUUGAGGUUCCGUUCCGGUUAGCGACACACGAUCUUCCACCUCCAACUCCAGCCAGCCUACUGUUUUCUGGAACUAGUGGAAGCCCGUCUACUAGGUUCUCCGAGUCACCUGGACCAGGGUCCUAUAGUCGCGACACCACGCCAACCUCAAUUGCUUCCCAGUCUCCUGGUCUUGUUGCACCCCUUCGCCCCCAGAACAAGAACCGACUGCAAAGUCCUAUCCUCAACAGACCUCCUGUGACACGAAGAGCCGGUGGAAGUUUCCCCAACGAGGUUGAUGCCAUCACCGUUGAUCCUCAUGGCCUCGCAGCUGUUAGAGAGUCCUUGACUUCAUCCUCGUCGAACUCUACCGUUCGAGAAGCCACCAUCAAGAAGAAGACCAAGAAUCUGCCUCCGCCUCCACCCAGUCCUCCACCGCGGAAGUCAUCACAAUACUUUCGUGAGGAGACAUCGUCGCCCAAGUCGGUACGCAAGGUAUCAAGACCUGUUUUGCGAUCCCCCUCCCCUGAGAGAAGUGCCCAAUCUUCUGCCUCCCCAAGAGCCGUGCCCCCUUCACGGCCCAGCAGAGAUGGUACCCCCGACAUGCAAUCUCAACUAUUCAACCCCAUGCCAGUUAUCCACAGCAAUCUUUCUACUCAAUCCCUCCCAUCAACCGAAAGACGUGGAAGUGAAUCUGCGGCUACAACAGCUCUGUCGCCCCCAAAGCCACAGUACACUCAUGGAGGUCGAACAGCGUCAACCUCGCAGCUCCCCAUCAGAGGCGAAUUGUAUGCUCAACCGGUAGCCAAGGCAACCGCCGAAUCGAAGAAGGGUAAGGGCCUCGAGCCACCUCGAAUGACACGCACACCGAGCCCUAAUGUGGCAACCUCCUCUUUCUCGCGCUUCCCGUUCUUUAGUCGCAAGAAGCAUGCCAACGCAACACAAGCCGAGAAGAACGAGAAGGAAAAGAAGACUCUCCGCAAGGGCCCUGUAGCUGGCACAGGCCAUGAAGGCUAUGGACGCAUUGGUGCUCACAAGAGACGCAGCGGCAGUAUCAGCAACAUGACACGCAAUUCUCCUGGUAGUCAAACAACUCAGGAACCCCGUUCUAGCAACGAUUCCUUCUUCGCAGACCGGGUCAACCCAGUGGUCAUCGCUGGAGGUGCGGUUAUCGAGAAUCGAAAUGCAAGCUCUGAAAUCUCUCGAAGUGUAAGCUCACAGAGCCUGGCGACCGAGGAGUCGAGAUUCGGAAGUUCGCAGUCAUUGGCAGUAUCUCAAGAUCAGCCUCGAAACACUUUGUGGCCAUCGCCCAUGUCACGCACCCCACACCCAGCUUUUGGUGCUCGCCGUCCCUCCGAGAGCAGCGAUUCUGAAGGCCCUACGAUGAAGUCGACGUUGGCUUUCCGAAGAUCUGUCCAUCGUCUCCGAUCUUCGCCGGAUGACCCCCUGAAGCUGCCUCAGCCCAUCAACACAUCAGGUUAUGCAUCGUCGCCUAUGACAAGUUUUGAUACCAGUGUCAUGUCUGAUGAGUCCCACUUCGAACUGCAACGGGAGAUUUCUCACGAGGCUAAGUCUUCGCACCCUGCACCCAAGAAACUUGUCAAGAGACCUCGGUCACCUCGCAAGUGGAAUCUGUUUGGAAGAUCAACCCAGACGCAGCAACCUAAGCAAAGUGAGAAGGUCUCAGCUACUGUCAAACCAGUGGAGAAGAAGCCCCUUGCAUUCUACGCCAUGAUGGAUUCGUCAGAGCAAGAGGAUAGCGAGCCCAUGGACAUUCAAGAUGUCCUGAGGUUUGCCGAGGUUUACGGAAAGUCACCGAGUGUUGGUGGUACUCCCGAGCUUUCGCAAGGUACACCAGAGAUGCGGUCGUCAGCUAAUUCCCCGGUGCGACCUGCAGAGCCAGCUAGCCCCCCAAGGCGGGAGAGCAUCGAGAUGAAGACCAAGCCUCGGCUGCCUGUACCCCAGCAGACUUUGAUGUCCAAGAAGCCUACUCUUCAGCCUCCGUCAACAAGCACCACUGCUGGUCGGCGAAGCCGACUUCCUCAAGUCGGAAGAAUCCCGAAGGUUGUGAGUAACCGUACUGAACAUGUGUCACCUCUGAGCUUUUCUAGGCCUUUCAGAGCUAGCAUGCAGUUGGCACCUGAGAACCUUGAGGUCUAUGACCCUGAGUCAAUAGCUAAAGGCCCUUCGCCUUCCAGGCCCUCGACUCCUGUCCCUGAUUUGACUACCGAUGGUUCAACAGCAGGAAGCACCAACAACCUCUCAUCAAGAGACUCCAACCCUCCUGCUUUGAGCCGGGUUGAAAAGGAGUUCUUAGCCUUUUCGCCUCGCAAGGACUCCGAGGGAACUAUUGGUACAUCUAGCUCUAGCUGUUCUGGCAUUCUCGCCUUCUCUGGCUCUACUGCUGUGAUCCCGCAGCCUUAUGAUCCUCCCGCAGAAGAUGAGGUGUGGGAUGAGUAUGAUGAUCUCCUUGGAGAAGAUGCUGGCAAAGCACUUCCCUCGGCAACUUCGUCACGAGGUACACCGUUCCAUCUUGAAACUUACGAGUCGAAGCUGGCUAGCAAGGAGAAGCCCUUGGAGUCGCCGACGAUUGUCUUCGAUAAGAAGGCAAGUCGACAAUCCAAGGCAACAACCAUCUCCAGCACUUGCAGCGCUGAUAUGACUGAACGUCUUCGGGCGGCCUUCCAACCUCACCCAAGCCCCAGUACUCCCUUCUCAGUCUCCAAGUUUGUUUCGGGUUAUGAAGAUCGCAACACCAAUACCAACACCGAGGUGCCUGCAACUGGCGAAGUAUCUCGGCGAAGUAGUCGAUCUUCCCGCAAGACAAGACGAUCUGAUGCCAGUUCCUCUUCGGAGGAUGGGUCACCACUCGCACAAGUCAACCUCAGAGUUGGUUCAAUGACGGUAAGCAAGUGGCUUACCUUUGGGCAUGUUCUCUUCAGUGACGUUCGCCACGAACUGGUUCCUGUUGAGGGAUCACUGAAGAGGCACUCGAUCCUUGUGAUUGAUGGCCUCGGUAACGAUGACUGGUCAUUCUACGCUGCGGAAACAUAUCCGGCUGCUACCUUUUUCAACCUCUCUCCUCGCGCUCCUCUUCCUGAAGAACUCAAGAGUUCAUCUUCGAGCUUUCCUCUCAGCCCUCCAAACCACCAUCAGAUCCAAUAUGUCUCUCACCUUGACAAGUUUCCCUUCGCCCCUCAGAGCUUUACGGCUGUUGUGUACCGCUUCCCCGUCGCAGCUCCUGAAGCAUACUACCGCAGCAUCCUCACUGAAGCUCGUCGUGUGCUGAAGCCAGGAGGCUUCAUCGAGCUCUCAAUUCUUGACGUUGACCUGAACAACAUGGGCAACCGGGGCCGGCGUACAGUCCGCCGUCUCAAAGAGAGAAUCAAUGAGAAGACACCUGAUACUAGUCUCGGAUCAACCGCGGACCUUAUUGUUCGUCUUCUCGGCAAGGUUGGUUUCACUACCAUCAAGGCAGCACGAGUGGGUGUGCCUGUGGCAAGUUCCGUCACUCGCUCAGACAGCAAGGCCGACAAGGGCAAAGCUACUGCUGAGAAGAAGAAGGAUCCGCCAAGUCUAUCCGAGAUGAUGAGCGAUAACAGCCCCUUGGCAGACGAGGGCAUCACCAAGAUGGUCAGUCGCGUUGGACGAUGGUGGUACACACGAUGCUAUGAGAACGCAGCUGAGAACCCCUCUGGAAAGAGCAUCUGGAGCGAUAAGUCUCUACUCUCUGAGUCUGAAGAGCUCGGUACAAGCCUGAAGCUCAUGGUCUGCUGCGCUCGAGCUCCUCUUGAGCGCAUCACCAGUGUCUAAGCACUUAACACAACACAAUAUUUUCUUCCUCUACUUUUCCUUAUCGGUCACAACAUUGCGCAAUUUACGCAAGCUUAAUUGGAAAGCAUUACAGGUUGGAAGAUUCCAUGCGGCGCAAGCCCGUUCCUCAGAAAAAGAGGCUAUACCACAAGAUUGAACCACGGAAAGCAAUCUUUAUUUCAUUUCGUUCCUCUGCAGCAGAGGCAUAAGUUCUCUUUUACUUGUUUGAUUAAUCUUCGGUGCCGCAGGUCGGGUUAGACCACGCACUGGAUGCACUGGUAUUUCAAGCUACGGGGUCAUUUUUUGGGUUCUUAAUAUGGGGGAAAUGCUGGACAUUGCACUCCGCAGAAUUUGGAAAAGGAGUGCAAAGGAUUGGGGAAAAAAAGAAAGACGGGACAGGGAUGAUUAUGAAAUCUUGAUGAUUGAAUGUGAGGAGGAGAUAUGACUUGAUAUUUGAGCAUGUUGCAUAGAGAUACCCAUUCAUGCUUUGGGGAGCCAGACCGAGAUAGCAAGCGGAAUUACUGUUCUUCCACUCUUACUACAGUCGUUGCUUCGUCUAUUGUUUGCCUUAUAUAUGCCUAAACUCUAUAGGUUUAAAAGUCUACAAUACAGAUUGUGUUGUACAAGAUUCAUGAACAUCAUUCAGUCUUCGCUGGCUCAGUCUCCACCGUGCCCUCAGCUUGGGUAGUUCCUUCAAGCUCGGGGUUGCCCUCAGCUUCAGAAGCUCCCUCAUCCUCAAAUUCAUCCUCAACUUCAGAAGAACUCUCCUGUGUAGAGGACUCAACUUGGGGGCGUAUUUGAUCAACAGGCCAUCGCCUGAGAACAGCUACAAACCCACCACCAGUGACUCGCUCACCC